AUGCCGACCCUACGCCACCUAGGGAUCCAACGCAGCUGCUUCAACACGGUUCAGGAGGUCAUCGACACGGUGCGCACGCAAAAGGACGUCCUUCGGUCGAUUGAAAUCCGCAGAACGUGCAUUCCAAGUGUUGUGGAUCUGCUUGCCGUGCUGCAGCGCGAGCUGCCGUGUCUGGAGAACGUUGAGUUCGAGGAAAACACCGUAGGUCCGUGGGACGACGUGUGGUUCCGCUGGGCGGAUGGCGAGUACGACCGGGGCCGACAUGCGCGGGAGAUGGUCGAGGAAAAGGGCGUCAGGCAGACGCUUGAUGAGAUGAUUGCUGGGUUGCGUUUGGACCCCUGUAGCCGGAUGGCGUCGCUGAUUGGACUGGCCAUCUGCAUUGUUACCGUUUUCGGCGCGGCUGGCGUUUUCUCGUCGCGGAUCUCCCGCGCCACGACGGAUGAGGCGCUCCUCUCCGGCGACAACCGCGGCUUCUCGACAUGA